AUGGAGGCCAAGGACCACGAGGAGCUGGAAGAUCCAUUUAGGAGAACUGCAAUGUACGACUCCGUCGGGAAGCUGGGGAGCAACGUUCUUAACGGAAACGUGGACAGACUGGGAUCGUACAGUGAGUGCCUCUCCACGCACGCUCCCUCGGGGGGCUUCCGAGGGCAGUAUUGCAAGCUGCAUGUCCUGCAGGAUGGAGCCGAAUACAGCGUGGGUGUGUGUGUCCCUGAUUCUUGUGCCGAAAAGGAUGUGACUGUGAUGUCUCAGUUGGAUAUUUUAAGAUUCAGAAAUACUUCAUUUUUGGCCCCUUCUCUUUCUCUCUUUACAAUAAAUUCUUCCUCCUCAUCUGGCGUGGUUGUGGCUAGAUGCGCUACUGGAAUGUUCCCCUUCGACACCUUUGUUGCCGUGUGUCUGUGCCUCACCUUGCUGGGCGUCGUCCUGCCCCUGGCCGGGACUGUCUACGUGGCAUUCAGGGGGAGGGGGUGUGACGACAGGGCGCCACCCACCCCUCCGGCCCCUGACAGGAGUCUGCCUUUGAGAGAGACACAGAGGACUGAACCGAGAAGCAGAGCGGGUUGCCCGGCCCAUCUCUCACUAUCAGGAACCCCAAGCAGAGGAAAAAGAUUUUUAGGAGCCAUGGAGCAUGCUCUGACAUGCUUUUCUUGGCAGAAGAAUGUGCCGGCCGUCUGGACAACAGAGACUCCAGGGAGCCCGUGCUCUGUGCUGAACGGCAUCCGGGUUCUGAGUCUCCUCUGGAUCAUGUCGGGGCACACCAGUCAGAUGACUGCAUGGCUGUCUUUGGAUAACGUGCUCGAGUGGAAAACCAGAGUGCCUAAAAACCCACUGUACCUUUGUUCUCGAAGCGGCCCGUUCUAUCUUGGGGUUGACACAUUCUUCCUGGUCAGUGGCUGGUUAAGUGCAAGGUCGUUUUUAAAGAUACAUCAGAAUUCAGACAAAGGAACAACCCUCAGAGUCAUACUCAGAUACGUCCUCAGCCGCCUUACAAGGCUGCAGCCUCUCCACCUGUAUUCCGUGUGCCUGUUGGUUGGCUUGUUCUCUCUUGUUCCCUGGGGACCUGUCUGGGACGUGCCCAAGUUCCACCUGGAUAACUGCCGGCAGGCGUGGUGGACAAAUCUGCUGUUGGUCAAUAAUUUCCUGUCGGUCCGAAACGCGUGUAAUGGCUGGACGUGGUACCUCGCCAACGACUUUCAGUUCCAUCUCACCACGCCGGCGAUCGUCCUCAUCCACGGAAAAAGUAAACAUGUCCUUGUCCUCCUCGGGGCCAUGCUGUUCUUGGCGUCUUUCACCGCCUCAGCUCUGCUCACACUGGCUCAUAGCCUUCCGGUCGCAGCUCCGUCGGAAGCAAGUGAAAAUGUGACUGUGUUGUAUUUCUCGGAGUAUUACACUAAGCCCUACUGCAGAUACGGGCCAUUCCUCGUGGGCCUCUUUCUGAGCAUUUUCAUGCACCAAAACCACCAGGCAAACAUUCUUAAAACCAAGGUGCAGGCCAUGCUGGGGUGGAUUUGCUCCCUGUCUACCCUGUUCAUAGUGGUCGCCCUGGCGUACGUGGUGGAUGACGCCCCUGCCACCUCCUCGCCGGCCGCUGUUCUGUACCAGGCCCUCCACCGGACCCUGUGGGCGGCGGCCGUGGGCUGGGUCAUGCUGGCAUGUCGGGAAGGCUACGGAGGUCUGGUGGACCGGCUGCUUUCUUGCCGGCUCUGGACUCUCCUGGCCAGCAUCAGUUACGCUUGCUACUUGGUGCACCCCAUCCUCAUCAUGCUCUACAAUGGGCUUCAAGAAACGCUGAUCCACUUCACUGACACCAACAUGUUCUAUCUUUUCUCUGGACACUGUUUGCUGACCUUCGUCACUGGGCUGGCCCUGACGCUGUGCAUUGAGAAACCAUGUCAGGAACUGAAGCAGCACCUGCUGGGACCAAUGCCUGCAGGGCCAUGAAUGUUCUGGUACAACCCGGAAGAAUGGAUGGGUUCAUUCUGUGGGUGAUGAGCGAAAGCAGGCGUGGCCUCGUUUAUGUAAUGGAUGUUGUCCCCCCGGCAAGGGGUGUGAAUCUGAUUUUGUGAAUGUUUAAGAUGUACAACUUCUCUGUGCUUAAUAUGUGAAAGAGUUCUGAGUGUUUACUAUAUAAAAGGGUUCUGUGAUAGCCUACCUAGUAGCACAAUAAUCACCCUCUGAUAUACCUUUUCAGAAAAAAACAAAAAACAACCUGGAUUUUUGGGGUCUUGUCCUCCAUGUAUUUUCUAUACCGAUGAUCAUAGGAAAACCGUAACCUAGCAAAUUUAAUGCAAUUUCGGUUAUAAUGUUCACUUUUUUGGGUAAAAUCACAGUGUGUAGUUUUUCACAUCGUAAUUGUCUUUGUGUUAUCAUGAUACCCUUGUAGACUUGUAACUUUACCCUGGUGCCUCAGGAUUGUAUGACCCACUGGCGUGCACAAUUCAUGAGUGCAUAGUGACAGGCCUUCCAAACAUUAUCUAUUUUACAGUGUGGUCCCUGUUAGGGGAGUUAGUGGAUCUGUUAGGAGGACCACUGGGCGGGGGAGAGGGCUGCUAACCUCAAAUCCUUCAAAGGGCAGUUGACAGCUAACCUUGUCUUUUUCCAGCUCAUCUCGGGGAGCCACAUCUCCCGGAGGCCUGGUCUAUUCUGCUGGCAGAAUGUGCUGUGAGUGAGGAGACAAGUCCCCGCCUGGCAUGUUUACAAUCUCUAUUAGAAUGCACCAAGUUGGAUCUUUGGGCAACCCCAAAGUUCACGGAAUUCUUGGGAGCCCCCUGAUGGCUGAUUUGGCACCUGACCCCUCUGACUUAGGUCUCAGAGAAGAUCUUGAGGGUGGGUGGCAUUUACAGGAGGAACACUACAAUCUGACGGACCCCAGUGGAAAAUGACUCGCCUGCCAACAUUGCUGGGCAGUCAAAUUGCCAAGGGCUUCUAGUUGUGAGGCUAGAAACCUGGGGCCCAUGGAAAUAGCUUUCAUAACUACUAGCGACAUUGCUUUUGAUAGUUUUUUUUAAUAAGAAAAAAAUACCCUCUCCACUAUUGCAAUUUCAUAAAAUAUAAAGUAGGGAUAGAGAAAUCCAAUUUUGUUCUGGUUUUUGUUUCGAUCCGGAAUUCCCUAGGAGUUUAAGAUUUAUAGAAUAUGGGGACCUCCUUUGGAUUCCGAAACAAACUGUAAAAAAGCAUAUGACAUUUAUGAGACAGUUGGAAAUUUGAACACCACCUGGCUAUUCGAUGAUAUUAAGGACUUAUUCAUUUUUUUUUUAAGAAAGAUUUUAUUUAUUUAUUUGACAGAAACACAGCAAAAGAGGUAACACAAGCAGGGGGAGUGGGAGAGGGAGAAGCAGGCUUCCCGCGGAGCAGGGAGCCCGAUAUGGGGCUCGAUCCCAGGACCCUGGGAUCAUGACCUGAGCCGAAGGUAGACACUUAACGACUGAGCCACCCGGGCGCCCCAAGGACUUAUUCAUUUUUUAAUGUGGUCAUGUUUUGGUAUUGUGGUACUGUGGUCAUGUUUUUUUUUUUUUUUUUUUAACAGCCCUUAUGUUUUUGAUGCAUACUGAAAUAUUUAUGGACAAAAUGAUAAAAUCUGGUAUUUGCCUCAAAAUAAUAUCAGGAGGAAGUGGGAUAGAUGAAACAAGAUUGGGCAUGUAGUGAUCAUUUUUGAAGCUGGGUGAUGGGUAUGUGGGUCCUCAUUAUACUGUUUUUUUUUUCUAUUUUUGUGUAUAAUAAACUCAAGCAAAUAUAAUUAUAAACUUGUGCAAAUUUAUAGAGACAGCAACAUCAGCACAGAGUAAGCAUCAACUGAUGGGUCCCUCCUCUAAUUCUCCCUAAAUUCUGAAAUCCAUGUUUCAUCCCCACAUACCAGCCCAUGGAUAAAAAUAGGUCAUAUUGACCCUAUAGUCACCCCCAGGAGAUCUAAA